GCGAGCGCGCGCGCGCGCGCCGUCGAGUCGAACAGUCCGCGAUCGUACACCGUGGCCGCCGCGCCGUUUCCAUCCGUGUUCACCGCGCGCCAGAACAGCAGUGCGCCUCGUCGUGCCAUCGCGUACGGUGUCCAGCGUGUGCGUCCGUGUCUGCGUGUGUCUGUGUCUGUGUGUGUGUGUGUGUGAGAGAGAGAGUGUGUGUGUGUAUAUAUCGUGUGCGCGAGUGCGCGGGCGCGUGUGUACACCGAUUUUCGUGUGACGAAAAGAAAAAUUUAAUAUUUUCCGUCACACCUACGCCCCGGGAUCGUAUAUUUUCUUCCGAUCGUAGGUACUGUAAACCACUGCACAGUAUAUAUAUAUCUGCAACAGUCGUCCGUAUCGUGUGACUUUGAACUCAAACGAUUUUCGUCUACAGACGUCAAUACAUAACGGAUACGUGGAUGCGAGAUUUGGGUCAGACGAUAGCGUAUUGGUACUAAGGUCGAACGCGGGGGCCAAACGAUUCGAAGGUCACUACAUCCGUCGUACCACCGAAAUACGCGGAUGAGAUGUAAUGUGAUCGGCGGUCGAGUGACAACGGGCGCGCGGCGCUGACAUCGCAGGUUGCUCGAGGCGCCCCCAAAACGGAGUACGUCACGGGGACGGGGCCAUGCGGCGCCCCCCCAGCCACAUACCAUCAGCCACUGAUCGAACACCAUCAGAACCACGUACAACACCAUCAGCUGGUGGCCGCAUCCAACGGACAGUUGCGCGGUCAGUCCGGCGCCGCCGCGAUGGCCGUGGCCGCGGUCACUGCACUGCCAGUCCAGCCCGUCAACCCGCUGAGCACCGUCUACGCAACCAAGCGACGACGGCGCAACGGCAAAAGUGUGAAGACGACGCCCAAAGACGGGGGCGUGGGAAAGAGUAACCCAAGCAAGCGGCAUCGCGAACGGUUGAACGCCGAGCUGGACACGCUGGCCAACCUGUUGCCGUUCGAACACAAUAUCCUAUCCAAGUUGGACCGGCUGUCCAUACUCCGGUUGUCCGUCAGCUAUUUGCGCACCAAGAGCUAUUUUCAAGUUACUAUGCACAAGUCCAAAGAAGAACAAGCCAAUGUUACCAGCUCCCAGUACCAACGUUCUAGGACGUGCCCGGAGCCACAUCAUUUGUACUUGGACGGAGACAUGUUCCUACAAGCAUUAAACGGCUUUUUAGUAAUGCUCACCUGUGACGGAGAGGUUUUCUUUGCGACGCAUACCAUAGAAAAUUACCUUGGCUUCCAUCAGUCCGACAUCGUUCACCAGUCAGUCUACGAGCUAGUACAUUCUGAAGACCGAGAAGAGUUGCAGAGACAACUCAUGUGGAAUUCAGCCAUACCCACGGAACCGGGGUCGCCGUCUCCGUCCAUCACAUUGCACGAGGCUUUGCACCCGGAUAACGGCCGUCUGUUGCAGCGUAGUUUCACCAUCCGUUUCCGGUGUCUGUUGGACAACACUUCCGGUUUUUUGAGACUGGACGUACGUGGACGGAUCAAAGUAAUUCACGGCCAAAACCGAAAGUCAGACGAACCACCACCAUUGGGCCUAUUUGCACUAUGCACGCCAUUCGGCCCGCCGUCUUUACUUGAAAUACCGCACAAGGAAGUCAUGUUCAAGAGUAAACAUAAGCUAGAUCUCAGCCUAGUGUCUAUGGACCAAAGAGGCAAGUUAUUAUUAGGUUAUUGUGAUUCCGAACUCGCUAAUAUGGGUGGAUACGACUUAGUCCAUUAUGACGAUUUAGCAUACGUAGCCAGUGCCCAUCAAGAACUAUUGAAGACUGGAGCAUCAGGAAUGAUUGCCUAUAGAGUGCAGACCAAACCAGGCACGUGGCAAUGGCUACAGACUAGUUCCAGAUUGGUUUACAAAAACUCCAAACCUGACUUUGUGAUAGGAACGCACAGGCCUUUAAUGGAAGAAGAAGGCCGCGAUCUGUUAGGCAAACGGACCAUGGACUUUAAGGUCAGUUAUUUGGACGCGGGCCUGACGAAUAGCUACUUCAGCGACUCGGAACAACUGUCCGGCUCGUUGUCGACAUCCACCAACGCCGCGGUCGGUGCCGCGUCCACCACUGGUGCCCCUGGUACGACCGGAACGUCCGGUCAGACGCAGCCGUCACAGCCUAGACGCCGAUACAAAACGCACCUACGGGACUUUCUAUCAACGUGCCGGACGAAACGGAAACUGUCAGCGAGCACGGCUACACCGGCACCGACGGUGGCGGCAACCGUCGCCAUCGAAUAUCCGGCGGCCGUCCAAGCGCCUUCGGUGCCCACAGUACCGCCGCCGACUGCCGACGUCCUUUACACAAACCUUAACACAGCGGCGCUGUAUUCGGCAGGACCAUACAACGGGGCAGUAGUCGCUGAUAAUGGUGGAUACCACCAGACGAAUUUUCAUCAGACCCUCUACGAUACUCGAAUACCAUACCUAACGGCUACAGACAACCUGUUUCAGUAUAGGCCUUUGGGAAACUAUUACACCGAAUAUCACACACCGGCUACUACACCAUACAUGGGCAAUGGGUUUUUGGACAUAAGUCCCAGGGGGCCACCCGUGCAGUGUGGUCUGCCCACCUACGAUCAGCUGACCACGGUGUCGACGACGGCUGUGAGUGGCAGGGAAUGCGUGGACAAGCUGUACGGAUCGUCACCAGUGGUGUCGAUGGAUCAUCACCAACAACAACAGCAGCAACAGCACCUACACCACCAACAACAACACCACCACCAGCAGCAGCAACAACAACAACAACAACAACAACAACAGAACAGCGAAGACAACAUAGGAAAAUGUCAUAUGGACACCUCCACGGCCGCUGCCGCCGGUCUACCGUACUUGGUGCCAUUAUGCGACGUUCAGUUCCGCACGAAGAGCUCCUCGCCGCCGGUGCCGAAUGGUCUGAAAAUCGAAGACUCCAAAUCCGAAUACGGAAUGCAAUCGUCUGAUUCGGACGUCCCCAGGCAAACGGUACUCAUGUGGGGCACGUGUGUAGGGGACUCUUCGUCGUCGUCGCCGCCUAACCAAUCGCCGGGCGGCGGCGGCGGCGGGGGCAACGGUGGUAAUAAUAGUAACGGAAGCGGCGGCGGCGGCGUUGGCGGCGGUGUUAAUGGCAAUGGCAGUGGAACGGGAGGAGGUGGUGCUGGUUGUGCCAACGGUGGUGCUGGUGGUGGUGCCAGCGUAACUGGAAAUGUAGGUAGUGGUAGUGCCGGUGGCGACGGUGGUGGUGAUCCGAGAACGUCGCCGCAGAUCAACGGCCAUCCACCGUCGCCGUACGUGCAGCGAAAGAAAAUGUCACCACCCGCGCCGCAACAGCCACUUACCGGAAGUCCGUCUGACCAGCUCUGCAAGUCGCAUCUACAAACGGACAUGCCAGACACACCACCUAGCCCGUCGGCGGCGGCCGUGGCAGCAGCCGCAUACGCUAACCAUCAUCACUACCAUCACCAAAACCAGUAUCAUCACCACCAUCAUCAUCAGCAGCAUCAUCUGACCGGGGGCCCUGAGGUAUGGACAACCCCGCACGCGCACCCACCACCACCUCCACCGCACCACUUCUAUGCUUAUCACCACCACCACAGCAGCAGCAACAACAACAUCAACACCACCACCACCACAUCCACCACCAACAGCAACAGCAGCAACAACAACAGCAGCAGCAGCAGCAGCAGCAGCAACAGCAGCAGCAGCAGCAGCAGCAUGGUCGAUGCCUAUCAUCACGAUCCGUACCACCACAACAAUUACUAUCAUCUGUACAAUCACACUGCUCAUCACCAAACCGCUGCAAUGCCGGCGCCGGCACAGUACCCGAGUCCGUCUCAGUCUCGGUUAAAUCACAGGACUGCAGUCCUCUGUUGUCCAUCUCGGAGGUGACCAACACACUGUUAAACCAAUGAACGGACCACCAAAAAACAAAUGAACGGCCGAAAAAUCAAAUACGUCACCCCCUCCCCAAAUCCAUCAAAUCCAAAACACGUGAAGUAACCGUAUACACGGGCACAAUGACUGCAAUACGCCAAUACCAAUACGUCAUAAUAUAUAUAUAUAUAUAUA